GCAGAGGCAGCAUUUUUCAACUUACCCAUGACUUUCUGCUCUUUAAGACGCCUCUUUCGUCAGUCUCUUGUUAGCGGCGACACUGCCUCUCUCUGCCCUCGAAAUAUUUCAAUGGGCUGCAAGUCACUCCUCCUCCCCUCCUCCCUCAACGCCGCCAAUGUCUCCUCCUCCCCUCUCUCCAAACCCCAAUCCCACCCUCUACUCCUCCUCCCCCCCACCUCCUCUCCCUCUUAUCCUCCUCUUCCUCCUUAUUCUCUACGUAUAUCCCGCAGAUCCAUGGUCGCCUGCUACGCCGCCGCCGCCUCCUCCUCCUCCCCCUCCCCAUCGCCGUCGAGUGCUUCUUCCCCCGCGCGCGAGCUCCGGAAGCUUCUAGAAUCCCCCGGUGCCCACCAGGGCCCCGCUUGCUUCGACGCCCUCAGCGCCAAGCUCGUCGAGAGGGCCGGCUUCCGCUUCUGCUUCACGAGCGGUUUCUCUAUCUCGGCUGCUCGGCUGGGGUUGCCAGAUGUGGGUCUUAUUUCCUACGGGGAAAUGGUAGAUCAAGGUUAUCAAAUUACCCAAGCUGUAUCGAUUCCUGUAAUAGGAGACGGUGAUAAUGGAUAUGGGAAUCAAAUGAAUGUCAAGAGAACAGUUAAAGGUUUUAUCAAAGCGGGUUUUGCUGGAAUUAUUCUUGAAGAUCAGGUUUCGCCAAAAGCCUGCGGCCAUACUAAUGGUCGCAAAGUGGUCUCAAGAGAGGAAGCAAUAAUGCGUAUAAAAGCAGCUAUAGAUGCACGGAAGGAGAGUGGCUCUGACAUUGUGAUUGUAGCAAGAACCGAUUCUCGUCAGGCCAUAUCACUAGAGGAAUCCCUUUGGAGAUCACGAGCCUUUGCUGAUGCUGGAGCAGAUGUUCUAUUUAUUGAUGCACUAGCUUCUAGAGAAGAGAUGAGGGCCUUCUGUGAGAUCACACCUUUACUUCCGAAAAUGGCCAACAUGCUUGAAGGUGGGGGAAAGACUCCCAUAUUAAACCCCGUUGAACUUGAGGAGAUUGGAUUUAAAAUUAUCUGCUAUCCACUGUCCUUAAUUGGGGUAUCCAUCCGAGCAAUGGAGGAUGCACUUACCGCCAUAAAAGGUGGCCGUGUCCCUCCUCCAGGAAGCUUGCCAUCUUUUGAAGAAAUUAAGGAUACACUGGGCUUCAAUGAAUAUUACGAGGAGGAAAAACGUUAUAUGGUCACCCCUGCUCAACCAUCAAACCGAAGAGGUUACAUCCCGGCCAGCCGUAGCUAUGAACCGAGGACAGCUCGCAAAGAUUUUGAGUCGAGAGCUUAUCGGCCACAAGAACCUGUAGUUGAGAUUUUGCCUCCAUCUUUGUAUGAUGGCUUCAGCUCGAGUGAUCCACGAGAUCAGAUGGGUGGGAUGUGGUCUCGCAAGUUGAAAUUGAAGAUCACGGGGAGGAAUGGGCUCGAGAAACUCGAUGUCAGCAUUCCUGCUGGUUUUCUUGAAGGGAUGUCGAGAAUUAUACCAGGAUUGGCAGGUGUGAAUAUCAUGGAGCUGUUAACCAAUGCACCGGAAGAUGAAGUUAGUGGCUCGCAGAGUGGGAAGGUACUUCUUGAUUUCAAUGAUGCAAUGGGAGAUCGGAUUCAGGUGUUUGUCGAGUGAAACUUUCAUAACUAAAGGGCAAGUUGUCAGCUGAAAUUACAGAACAUAAGGCAAAGAUAAUCUGGAAAGAGCAUUGCUUCUUCACUUAUGCCUCCCUUUCUGGAGGUAUGUUAGUACUCACAUUGGUGAAUUUAAGGAUGCCAAUUUAUUAAAGUGCAUCUGUAAAUACUCCUUUUGAAAUUUUAUACUUAAGGAAAACUUAAUCUACAGUGAGAUAUGAAUAA